AUGGCAAGCAGUUUGAGUAGAGGAGUCAUGCACAGCACCGGCAUUACCACCACCACCCUCAUCUUCCUCUCCCUGCUUCUCUUCACCCCCGUCUUAUCAGCCUCCGCCCAUGAGGAAGCCGAGGACCAUGAAUUCGACGACGUCGACUGCCGGCGUAUCUGGGUCGAUCCCUCCUACCAUUUCAACAACUCGAGGCUCAGGAAUGCUUACAUCGCCCUCCAGGCAUGGAAGAUGGCUAUCUACUGGGACCCCAAUGGACUAACCAGCAACUGGGUUGGUCCGGAAGUUUGUAACUACACCGGAAUCUUCUGCUCCCAACUUCCCGGUGAUCAAAGCUUGAAGGUGGUGGCCGGUGUGGACCUCAACCAUGGCAACAUCGCCGGCUACCUUCCCCCUGAGCUCGGCCUGCUUUCGGAUCUCGCCCUGUUCCACAUCAACUCCAACCGAUUCAGGGGCAGAAUCCCUUGGAGUUUUGCCAACAUGAGCCUUCUUCAUGAGCUUGACGUCAGCAACAACCGGUUCUCCGGCCGCUUCCCGGCGGUGGUGCUCGACCUGCCCUCACUUAAGUACUUGGACAUCAGGUUCAAUGAGUUUGAGGGCUCUGUCCCGAGCAGCCUGUUCGACAAACCCUUCGACGCCGUCUUCAUCAACAACAAUCGGUUUAGAUUCGACAUCCCAUCGAACUUCGGCAACUCGCCGGUCUCCGUAAUCGUUAUUGCUAACAACGACAUCCGUGGCUGUGUUCCUCCAAGCCUCGGCAAUAUGUCGACUCUGACUGAGAUUGUGCUCAUCAACAACGGGUUGAGCGGGUGCCUGCCGCCGGAGAUGGGGCAGAUGGAGGAUCUGAGGCUUCUGGAUUUGAGCUUCAAUAGGCUCGUGGGGAGCCUGCCCGAUAGACUGGCAGGGUUGAAGAGCCUGGAGGUGCUGAACUUGGAGCACAACAUGCUCUCCGGCAAGGUGCCUGACAGCAUCUGUAGUCUGCCAAAGCUGAAAAGCUUCUCCUUCUCGUAUAAUUACUUCACCGGCGAGGCACCAAGUUGCCUGCGUCUUCCAGCAGUGAGCGACCAGCGGAACUGCCUGCCGUCGAGACCAAGGCAGAGGCCGGCAAGGCAGUGUAGGGCGUUUCUUUCACGUCCGCCGGUUGAUUGUCUUGCCGUUGCUGCUCGUUGCCCUAAUUACCGAUCACCACCUUCGGUACCGUCGACGAAAGAGACACUGCCGUCAUCUUUGAACUCAGAAUCACUGCCACCACCACCCCCAGAAUCGCAACCUUCGGUCUCUCCGGAAUCACUGCCGUCGUCGUGGGAGUCACCAGCAGCACCACCCUCGAAGUCGCCGUCGUCGUCGGGGUCACCAGCAGCACCACCCUCGAAGUCGCCGUCGCCGUCACCAUCACCAUCACCGAUACCGUCUUCAGCAGAGCGGCCACAUAGGGAAUGCGACGACAAUGGCGACCGUGGAACCCCGUCCAGGCCACCAGGCGGCGGAUACCAGAAUGACGAGGAUGAUUACUAUGACUAA